AUGACUCCCAAAACCGUCCUACCAAUUGUUUUUGGAUCAAUGACAAUUGGCAAGCCAAAUACGGCUCAUGUUCGGAUCGGUGACAUUGCGGGUGCCAACAGCAUGUUAGAUGUGUUCCAGAAGCAUGCACACAAUGAAAUCGACACCGCCCGCGUCUACGGUGCAGGCACAACGGAGGAAUAUCUUGCUGAGGCCGACUGGCACGAACGAGGGCUGAUUAUGGGCACCAAGCUGUACCCGACUGCACGACGAGAUAUGAAGUGGCUCACUCCCGAAAUGUGGACUCACAAACCAGAAGAUGUGCGUCUCGGUUUGAUGAGAAGUUUGCAAGCCCUUCGAGCAGAGGAAUUUGGUGUCGAUUUAUUUUAUCUUCAUGGCCCGGAUAGAUUGACGCGGAUUGAGGAAACUCUCGCUGAAGUCGACAAGCUAUACCGGGAGGGACACUUUCGGCGUUUCGGCAUCUCCAACUUCCAAUCCUGGGAAGUGGCUCAGAUUUGUGAGGUUUGUGAAAAGAAUGGUUUCAUCAAGCCGACCACCUACCAAGGAUUGUAUAAUGCCUACCAGCGAUCUAUUGAGGCCGAACUUCUCCCUUGCCUACGCCAAUACGGAAUCGGACUCUAUGCAUUUCAGCCUUUGGCCGCAGGGCUCCUGACAUCGCGAUACCAGAGGCAUCAAUCGCUCGAAGAUUAUGAAGUUGGAUCUCGAUUUGAUCCUAGGACGAAAAGUAAUCUUUUAUAUCAUAGUCGGUAUCUGACAGAUCGCAACUUUGACGCCCUAGAUCUACUCCGUCCGCUUGCAAUGAAACAUGGUCUCACUGAGGCGGAAUGCGGUUUACGAUGGAUAAUACACCACAGCGCAUUGGAAAAGGAUCUCCAGGAUGCAGUUCUCAUCGGGGCAUCCAGUCCUGCUCAGUUAGAGCAAAAUUUGCUUGAUCUCGAGAAGGGUCCGUUACCGGAGGAAAUUGUGCAGGCAUUGGAUGAAGGGUGGGGGCUUAUUUCAGGAACUUACAGAUACUGGCAUUAA